AUGCGCUCACGUGAUCUCUGUGUACAAUGUGGCUCAGGUGAACCCCGAAUUUCCGAUGAUUUGGCCGUUUAUCAGGCCAAUUUUCAACCAGCAUCUGGGCAGAUGAAUUCACAGAAUAUCCGAACUAGGCUUUAUGCAUCCACACAGUCACUCUCUACUCCAUCCAAUCAUUACUCUGCUCAUCUCGCUCAGCAUCAUGUCCAACAACAACCGCGAACCUCACAGAGAGGCAUUGUAGUUGUCAAUCCUGGCCCCGGUACCCAGGGUCUUCGGCAGAAGUCAACUUCCUUGCAUAUUGAAAAGUCUGCCUAUCCUUUUUACCCUUUGGAAGCUUCCGAGUCCGGUGAUGUCGCCAACUCUGCGGAAGUUCGUCGUCUGGCCCGAUUGCCUGCCUUUAAACCUCUACUUUCGGACAGUGUUAUUACUUCUACUGGAUCUGGCGUUGCCUCUUUCAUUGGACUUUUUACUCAGUCAACCCCCGUUUAUCCUGUCUCAACUACACCAUCUCACUGUAAACCAACACAGCGGGUGAAUAUUGAACCGAAAAUUUCAUUUGGAGCGGUGGAUUUCUAUUCUUUCCAUCUCACUACUGCCCUACUUUACAGCUCUGUCGCUAGACAGGCUACGCCACUGCCCAUGACGAUUAAUUAG